UUAAAUUUGACGUCUACCACUAGGGUUAUUUUGAAAAUAACUUAGUUCCCUAGUUUUUAGAAUAUUUCACAACAAUAACAAGCACGUAUUAGGUUUAAAAAAUGAGUUCACAUGUAGACAAUUUUCCAGUUUUUGUGUUUCCAAAUUCCUUGAAAUUCUAUUUGUUAAGUAGAGAAACGCACAAGCAACUUUUAACUUUGUACAAUCCUGCAGACGUUCCUGUGAGAUUUCGAGUGCUAUGCACAGCUCCAACAAAAUACCAUGUCAUGGACCCCGAAGGAAGUAUCGGACCUGCAUCAUGUGUUGAUUUUGUUGUUAGGCAUACAAUGCCAUCACAAAGUAAUUGCAAUGUGACUGAUAAAUUUAAAAUAGCUUUAUUAAAUUAUACAACUAAACAGACACUAGGCAAAAAAGUAGUUGAUGCUAUUCUUAUAAAUGGGGAAAAAAAUAGUGGAGACAGAGAAAUUUCCAGUGGAUGUUUUAGUGACCGAACUAGUUUAAAUGAUGACCAAAGAAGUAAUUUUUCCAGUGUAUCUUAUGGUACUAGAACUGCAACUCCGUCAAGAAAAGUAAGUUAUAUUACUGCAAUAAUCUUAGGAAUAGUUUGUGUAAACAUGUUGCUGUUACCAACAAAAAUGGAGGAACACACACCUUCAAAUCUACCUGAUUACUUGCAUAUUAGUGCAAAUUUGAAAAUUGUGGCUGCAUAUGUUCUAGGAAUAGUUACUAUAGUUCUGUUUGGAAAUGUCGGAUAAGUUUUUAGUUAGGUAAUUUAAUUAUUUUUUAAAUAUUUUUUUGGGGCACAAGGGCAGCUUUUAUUUAUGACAUAUCAUCAGUUUUUGUAUUAUUUGUCAUGAAUAUAUUUAUGAUUAUGGGUUAUUCUUGAUUCUCAUUUAACAUUUAGACUAACUUACCAGUCUAAUAAUUUAAUUUUGCAAUAUAGGUAUAAAAGCCAAUAAUAUUACUACAAAUUUUAGGCAUGCAGUUGGCUAUUUUGGUAAAUAAAUGUACCUACCUACAUAUUAUGUUAAAAUUGUUAUUACAAAAAUGAACAUGUUUUUUAUUUUACUCCCAAAAAUAGUUGACAAAAAUAAAAUUAUCUAAAUUUUGUAAGUAUGUGUUGAAUAUUUCAGUAACAAUUUUGGUAUUAACCAUUUUUAACAUAUUACUUACAUUUACCAGAAUUCAACUGUACCUUUAAAAUUCCAGGUAGUGGCAUACAGAAAUUGAAAUACAUUUUUCUCUUAUAAGACUGGACAAUGAAAUGUUUUAUUUUAAUUUUUUAUAUAUAGGUAUUAUAUCAAUUAAUUCUAGUCAUUAAAUUGAGACAUUUAAAAAAGGUGUUAUUUUUUCAAUAUAAAUUAUGAAUAAUUUAAAUAAAUUAUUG